AUGUCCCAACCAACUGCGGCGGCCCGCGCGGCCUUCCACGCCAUAUCAAGGGCAACAUCGCGACAAUGUACUCGAUCCAUGUCCUCGUCGACCGCGCGCGCCGCUCCAACGAAACGACCGACGGCUCCGAGCCCCGCGAAGUUCCAGACUCAGCCCUACCAACCAUUGGUGCAGAGGCGGUUCAAAUACAAGACGGUGGAGGAGGCAAAGAGCCGGUAUAGAUCUGGGCCAUUCUCAUGGAAGGCCGGCCUCUUGUUUGUCAUCACAGGUGCUGGUCUUGUGUGGUACUUUGAGAAUGAGAAGCAGCGGAUGCAGCGUAAGAGGGUAGCGGAGUCGUCGAAGGGUGUGGGUAAGCCCAAGGUGGGCGGGCCGUUCUCGUUGAUCGACCAGAACGGGAAGACUGUGACGGACGGCGACCUGAAAGGGCGGUACUCGUUGGUCUACUUCGGCUUCACACACUGUCCCGAUAUUUGCCCCGAGGAGCUGGACAAGAUGGCACGGAUGAUCGAUCUGGUAGAGGCACAACGUCCUGGUGGCAUGACCCCCGUCUUCGUCACCUGCGACCCAGCCCGUGACGGCCCCAAGGAGUUGAAGGAUUAUCUAGCCGAGUUCCACCCCAAGUUCCUCGGCCUGACAGGCACAUACGACCAAAUCAAGGCUAUGUGCAAGGCAUACCGGGUCUACUUCAGCACGCCAACCGAGGUCAAACCCGGCCAGGACUAUCUGGUCGACCACAGCAUCUACUUUUAUCUGAUGGACCCGGAGGGUGAUUUUGUUGAAGCCCUUGGGCGGCAGCACUCGCCGGACCAGGCUGCCAAGAUCAUCUUGGACCACAUGAAGGACUGGAAGGGGGUGUUGAAGAGCAACUGA